GUAAUCAUCGAAAUAUUUUUUCGUCCUAAGUUAUUUCUUUGUUAGGUUCAAAAACUUUACGGAACCAUCAUGUGUUGCGGACCCCUUGGAUUCUGCGGACCCUGUAGCCCGUGCGGCGGUCCUUGCGGACCUUGCGGACCCUGUGGUCCUUGCGGUUCCUGCUGUAGUCCUUGUGGAUCUUGCUGUGCGCCUUGCGGCCCUUGCGGUCCUUGCGGUCCUUGCUGCGGGGGCUGUGGUCCAUGCGGGCCUUGUGGACCUUGCUGUGGACCUUGUAGGCCAUAUUGCGGGUGCUGAACAACAACCACAACAUGUAAAAUAUCUUUUUCCUGUGAACCACAAAGUGGAACUUAGGACUGAAUGCGGAUAAACUCUUCUUAGCUCGCGGGCCUAGUCAAUAAAAUAAGAAUUUCAAAAU